AUGAAGUUCACUUGCCUCGCUAUUGCCGGUCUCAUUGGCUGCGCUGCUGCCUUGCCUCCAUUUGGCGCUUCUUCUACUCCAUCCAGUUCGGUUUCUGUUUCUGUCACCCCGAGCGCUUCCCCCAGCUCAUCCAGCAUCGCCUUCACUGGUCUUAGCAAGCGCUCUGAGACCCCUUCAAGCUCUGCUGCUCCCUCCAGCUCUGGUAUUGCGUCCAGCUCUGCAACACCAUCCAGUUCCUCUUUCGCAGCCCCAUGGGUCUUCCAUAGACGCCAGUUCGCGACUCCCUCCAGCUCUGCGACUCCCUCCAGCUCUGCGACUCCCUCCAGCUCUGCGACUCCAUCUAGCUCGGCCUCCGUCACUCCUAGCAGCACCCCUGCUUCUCCUUAUGCGAAGCGUCAAGUCGUCACUCCUUCCAGCUCUGCUACUCCUUCCAGCUCUGCCACCCCCUCGAGCUCUGCUACUCCUUCAAGCGCUGCGUCUGUGACUCCUACCAGCUUCGCCGUUCAGAAGCGCAAGUUCUCUGGCUCUAGCAGCUCCUCUUCCGCCUCGCCUUCGUCAUCUGCUACUCCUUCCUCCUCCGCCACUCCUUCUCCCUCUGCCUAA